CUCACUCCCCUCCUACCUAAGCCUUCUACUCCUGACAUCAUGUACUACACUGACUUUGAGGGCUCUGUUUUCCCAGGAUGCUACUGGGGCAGCUAUGGCUACCCUCUGGGGUACAGUGUUGGCUGUGGCUAUGGUAGCACCUACUCUCCAGUUGGCUACGGCCUUGGCUAUGGCUACAAUGGCUGUGGGGCUUACAGAAGAUACUGGCCAUUUGCUCUCUACUGAUUUGCUGUGAUCCCCCAGGCACAGAUCCAUCUCUUCAUGAAGGCUCCGUGGCACCUCCAAGUUCCAGCUUCACCUCCCUUCAUACUGCUUUCUUUGUCGACCUCUUCCAAGAAGCUGUUCUUCAGAUCUUACAACUGAGUCUCAAACAAAGGAACUGAAAAUCUAAAUGAUGCCUUACUCUGCCUUUCCUGGAUGCUCUUUAUUUGGGACUUUUUCAGAAGCUUGGCAGCCAUUGUGGCAUGUAUUGCUUCUGAAUAUUUCAAGACUCUCAUGAUUCCCUGUAAUGGUGAAGUUGAGGAUGUGUCUGUCAAAUUCUCAAUAAAUUUGUCUGAGCUUGCAUAA